AGUUGCAUAGUUUUUAUUUCGUAGGCUGAUAUUCAAAGAGUCUUACACUUGAAAGUAGUUCAUUAUGGAGAAAAGUAGGAUUGAAUAUGUUUUGAAAAAAAUAGAGGAACAAACAAGCAAUGCCGUUGAAGAACAAGAGAAAAUAUUGGAGAACAUAUUGAAACGAAAUGCUGAAACUGAUUACUUGAACAAGUUUCUCCAUGGCCAAACUGAUAAGCAACUCUUCAAAAAAUAUGUUCCCCUUGUUACUUACGAAGAUAUCAAGUCUUAUAUCGACCGGGUCAUCGACGGGGAGCCUCCGAAUAUCCUUACUACCGAACCCAUUAUCGAGUUCAUCCUAAGCUCGGGUACCUCGGGAGGGGAGCCGAAGUAUGUACUUUCCACUGCUGAAUGCUCGCAGAAAAGGGCUUCAAUCCCUAUGUUGAUGGAAGCUGUGAUCCACAAACAUAUUGAGGGUUUAGACAAAGGCAAAGGAAUGUACCUUUUAUUCAGUAACCCAGAUUUCGACACUCCAUCUGGUUUAAAAGCAAGAAUGUUCUCAUCUAGCUACUUAUCAAGCCCCACCUUCAAAACCACUGUCUGUAAAUAUGUCACCACUCCAAUUGAAAUCAUCCUGUCUUUAAACAAGCCCCAAAGCAUGUAUUGUCAGUUACUCAUCGGCCUAAUCCGACGACACGAGGUUCUCCGUAUCGGUACUAUCUUCGCUUCGACUUUUCCCAAUUGCAUCAAGUUCUUGCAAGAUCAUUGGAAGGACAUUUGCUCCAACAUCCGAACCGGCCAUCUCAGCGAUUGGAUCACCGAACAGGAUUGUAGAACUCCCAUGUCGUCGUUCCUUUUAGAACCUAAUUCGGAAUUAGCCGAUUUACUCGAACCGAUAUUCGAGAACGAAUCGUGGGAAGGGAUAAUCACGAAACUUUGGCCUAAAGCAAAGUAUAUCGAUGCCAUUGUUACGGGUUCGAUGAGUCAAUACAUUGGUUUAAUUGAUUAUUAUAGUGGAAGGUUGCCUAUAAUUUCAACGUUUUAUAAUUCUUCAGAAGCAUGUUUUGGGAUCAAUAUGGAACCUUUAAACAAGCCUUGGGAUGUUUCCUACACAUUUCUUCCAAAUAUGGCUUAUUUUGAGUUCAUCCCUGUGGAUAAAGAGAGCCCACAAAAGGCUCAAAAGCUUCAUUUUAAUGGCGUCUCUAAUGAAGAAUCCAUUGAAAAGUUGGAGAAUGGCAAUGCUCAAAUUGUUGAUCUUGUUGAUGUGAAGAUCGGUCAGUAUUACGAAGUUGUGGUCACAACUUUGGCAGGUUUAUAUCGAUACAGAGUUGGAGAUAUUCUAAAGGUAACUGGUUUCCACAACAAAUCUCCGAAAUUCCAAUUUGUGGAACGACAAAACGUGGCUUUGAGCAUCGACAGGGACAAAACAAGUGAAGCCGAUCUCAGCAAGGCUAUCAAAGCUGCGGAAAUCGAACUUGAACCCCGCGGUUUUCUUUUGACGGCAUACAGUAGCUUUGCCGACACAUGGUCCAUACCGGGUCGAUAUGUACUGUUCUGGGAGCUAAAGCUGAGAGAUAGCAACACUGAUCAGCUAAAACUCGACUCUAAUACGAUGGAACAAUGCUGCCGUAGAGUCGAAGAAUCGCUCGAUUUCACUUACAGGUUGUUUAGGAAGAUGAAUUUGAUCGGACCGUUGGAGAUCAGGGUGGUGAAAUUCGGAGCAUUUGAUGAAUUGAUGAAUUUCUUUGUAUCGAGGGGUGCUGCACCUCUCCAAUACAAGACACCUUGUUGCCUUAAAAUUAAGGAAGCCAUUGAAAUACUGGAUUCCAGGGUUGUUGGGAAGUUCUUCAGCAAUGGAAAUCUUGCAUGAACUUGGAAUCUUAUUAGCUUUUUUAUAUCUUUUUAGCAGGUGAGUCUUUGAUGGAAAUAAAUAUAGCUUUUGAUGCUAGUGUUGUCUCUUUGGUCUCCUAAAUCUGGUUGAAUUUCUUAGCAAAUUUGUUAAAAGAAUCAAUGAGAUGAUUGUAUUUGCUUUUAA